GACUUAUUUAGUCUGAGUUCGUGCUGUUGUUGGGUGAGUGGUUAGGUAUGGACGCUGUGAAACAGGCGCUGAGCGAAGUCAGCCGGUCGGUGGUGCUGAUAACGGCAGCUGUGUGCGGAGCGACCACGCUGCUGCUGUGGAGCUGUACGAGCCGCCGAGCGGUCAACAAGAAGAUCCAAAGGGCCAGGGAGCGGAGAGAUGAGAGCCUGCAGCGAGCAGAGCAGGCGGUCCGACUGUACAAAGAGUCGCAUCCACUGAUGGGAAGUCCUGACAUUUUGACGCUGUCCCUGCCUGAGUUGACAAAGCAACUGCGUGAUGGUUCGCUGAAUCCUGAAAAUGUGCUUUACUCCUACAUGGAAAAGACUCUAGAGGUCCAUAAUAAGGUGAACUGCUGUACAGGAGUUUUGUUGGAGAGUUUUGACGACGUUAAAACCAUUGACACCAGCAGUAAAGGCCUUUUGUAUGGAGUUCCAAUUAGCAUUAAAGAAAACUACAAUUACAAGAACACUGUCUCCUCCUGUGGCCUGGUCAAGUUCUUGGACCAACCUUCUAAGGAGGACGGUGUGCUCGUAAAAGUGCUGAAGAGACAAGGAGCUAUUCCCUUUGUCAAGACAAAUGUGCCCCAAAGCAUGUUAAGUUAUGAAUCUAGCAACCCCAUCUAUGGCCGGACAGUGAACCCUCAUAACUACCAGAAGACUGCUGGAGGUUCAACAAGUGGAGAGGGGGCUCUCAUCGCAGCAGGAGGCUCUGUGCUCGGGUUCGGCACUGAUAUUGGGGGCAGUGUUCGUAUUCCUGCCUCUUUCUGUGGGAUCUCUGCCUUCAAGCCCACAGGAGGCCGACUCAGUCACAAAGGUUUGAGCACUUCAUGUCCAGGGCAAAACAUUGUGCAGACAAGUGCUGGGCCUCUGGCUCGAGAUGUGGACAGUCUGGCUCUUUGUAUGCAGGCUCUGCUGUGUGACCAUAUGUUUUCCCUGGACCCCACUGUUCCACCAUUACCAUUUAAUGUAGAGGUUUACCAGAGUUCCAAACCUUUGAGGGUCGGUUACUAUAUCAACGAUGGCUAUACAGAACCGUCUCCAAGCAUGGCUCGAGGGGUCAGAGAGGUCAAAGCUCUGCUGGAGAAAGCAGGACACACAAUGGUGCCCUUUGUCCCGGGGAAUCCAUCUUAUGCUGCAACAGAAGUGUCGUUAAAGAGUCUUGUAGCAGAUGGAGGUGUAACCGUGCUCAACAACCUGAAAGGAGGUCCUCUGGAUUCUUGCAUCACCAUGCAAGUUUGGCUUUGCUUUUGGCCUUCCUUUGUUAGAAGAAUCCUCUCCAUCUUAAUCAAGCCUUUUUUUCCUCGUAUGGCUCCUGUGCUCGCUGCUUUGAAUGGAGUUGGCUCUGUUUCAAAUCUGUGGAAGCAGCAAUGCGUUGUUCAGGAUUAUAUUGAUGAGACCAUCGCAGAGUGGAAACAAAGCAGCAUAGACGUGCUGUUGUGUCCUGUGAUUGGACCAGCCUUUAACACCCUGUACAGCGGCAAACUUAACAGUGCUCUCUCUUACACGCUGGUCUAUAAUGUCCUUAAUUUUCCCGCGGGUGUUGUUCCUGUCUCCACGGUGACAGCAGAGGAUGAAGAUCAACUGAAGCACUACAAAGGCAAUUAUCAGGACCCAUGGGACAAGCUUUUCAAACAGGCUGUGACUGGAGGUGAGGGUCUGCCUGUGGCGGUCCAGUGCGUGGCCCUGCCCUGGCACGAUGAGCUCUGCCUGUGUUUCAUGAAGGAAGUGGAACAACUGGUGAAACAGAGCACAAAGUAAGAGGAGCAGUGCACACUGUCAGC